AUGACAGUUAAGAAGCAUGAACGUGCAACACACGAGGUUGGCAUAAUGCACACUAAGUGGCUUGGAGCCCAGUUUAAGAAGAAGGUAGAGUCUAAUCUUAGAAUCAAAAUAAAGGAGUUGGUGGCAAAGGCACAGAAGAAAUGGAAUCUCACUGUGACUAAAUCCAUGGCAGCCAAAACGAAGCAAGAGGCACUAAGCCAGAUUCAGGGUGCAUUUAGGGAGCAGUAUAAAAGGAUUAAUGAUUAUUGUGCUGAGCUUCUAAGGGCAAAUCCAGAUUGUAUGUCUGCUUUGAUGCAUGCAAGAAGAGUUUCCAACAUUGUAGACCCUUUAUUGGUUUGGAGUUUGGACGGGUGCUUUUUAAAGACUCCUCAAGGUGGCCAGUUGUUGACUGCAAUAGGAAGAGACCCCAAUGACCAGAUCCUUUCUAUUACUUAUGCGGUGGUUGAAGCUGAGACAAAGGACUCCUGGGGCUUGUUACAAGCUUUUGAGGAGGUCAUUCCAGGGGUGGACAAUAGAUAUUGCGUGAGGCAUCUGUAUAACAACUUCAGGAAGAAAUUUCCUGGAUUGGAGCUGAAGAACCAAAUGUGGCAGUGUGCAAAGUCAACGCAUUGGAAAGAUUGGGAGAAGGAGAUGAAAUCACCAAGGAUCAUGAAUGAGGGGGAAUUUCGACACUUGAACAACAUUCCACCCAGAUUGAGGAAGAAAUUAGAGAAAAGGGCAACGUUUGCUAGGGACUGCAGGCCAUAUUGGUCGACUGCUAGUAAGUAUGAGGUGAUGUGUGGGUUAGAAAAAUUUGUUGUGGAUCUGUCUGCUUCUGAGUGUUCCUGUAGAAGGUGGCAGAUGAGCAGGCUACCUUUUCCUCAUGCCAUCAGCUGCAUCACCUUUAAGGGGCUGGACUUGGAGUCAUAUGUGGAUGACUGCUACAAAAAGGAUGCUUACCUGAGGUACUACCAGGAAGUGAUACAUCCUCUGAAUGGGCUAGAUAUAUGGGAGAGAACCCAGUAUGAUGAUGUCAUGCCACCACCCUAUAGGAGGCCAAGUCACAGACUAGUGAAGAAGAGGAAGCGAGGACCCGGAGAUGAGGAUAACAGACGCCAGACUCACCUCUCCCGAAGGGGCCAAAUACAAAGAUGCUGUAAUUGUGGUACUGUAGGACACAAGAAGGGAGGCUGCACAAAUCCUAAGAGGGUCCAAUCUGCAAACUAA